UUCCCUCUGUUUUUGCAGGAUCAGUUUGAAUGAGCCUCGGCUGGCCGGCUGGGCGGGACGACCGCAAUGGCCCAAGCGAAAUCUAGACCUGGAUUUUCCGGCCACGGAGCCCAGGAUUCCAGAUCCGGGUACACUCAGCCUUCGAGGUUGAGCCCCUGAGGUUCCUUUAAACACCUCCCGGAGAAGUCCUGGAACCUAGCUCCAUUUGCUAGCGCCCCUAAACAUCCUAGAGUCUAAGAAAAGGGCAAACUGGAGCUGUAGAGGAUUUGGAUCCUCAGCGACAGAGUAAAGAGACGCCACCUCCAUCACGAGCUGCAGAGCCGCUCAGCCAAGCGGAUUCUGCUUCUCCCUGGGAUUGAUGGACGGCUCUGUGGACAGGGCUUUCGAACUCAGGAUGCUCUGAUUCUUGUCUCAGGUGGACAUGGCCUGCAGGGGCCACACUCGACCCAAGGGCCUGACCUGGGCCCUAGGACUGACCCUGGCUUGGAUCCUGCUGGGAGCCUGUGGAGGAAGCCGCCCACUCCCAGCUAUGUCCCGGAGACACCACAGGCUGGCAGCCGAUCUUGGCACAAGCCAGCUGCACCUUGCAGAGAUGGACACAUCAGAGGCACUGGACCCUGGGAUGGCCCCAGAACGCUGUGGGGACCCUAGCCCCGGGUGCGAAUCCUUUCUGGGACAUCUCCAAGUUGCCCUCCACAGUCGCUUCCGCCUGCUGUUACUGGGAGCACGCCAGGCACAGCCGCUCUGUUCCGAGCUCUGCGAUGUCUGGUUUGCCACAUGUGAAAGCGAUAUUAUUUGCGACCCGACUUGGCUCCCGAUCCUAGAAAAGAGGGGCUGUGAGCCUGGCUGCCCUACCUAUGAGCAGACAGGAAGGGAAGGCCCGAGAAAUCACCUUCCUGCGUUCCCGCCGCUCACGCACCUGGAUCCUGGAUGCCGCGGGCAGCGGGAGUGGCAGUGGAAGCGGCAGCGGCCCCUAGGGGGCGCCGGGCCUUGGAUGGGAGAUGGGAGUCCCUUUCCCCCACCCGGCCCCUCAAGAUACCCAAAGCUCCACCUCUCUCCUGCUCUGCCUUCUAGUUUCCAGAGUCCUGUCUCUCCUUCCUGGAGUCCCAGAGACUCGCCCUUCUCCAGGUGACUAGACCAAAGAAUCCAAUUCUAGCUCAUCUUCCCCUCUCCUCCCUGAAUAAAGUCUCCA